AUCUGGUGGAUAAAUGGGUUUUUGAACUGUUAAGUCAGUGUUUUUUAAAUUGUGUUUUUGACAUUUGGAGUUCUUUCUUUAAAACCUGGGAAUUAUCAGUGUUUUGGAAGAAAGUUUGUAUUUCUGCUAUAUAUGUUUUAUGUUCUUUCUUGUGACCUUAUUUUAAUGAGCACGUUUUUCAAUCGAAUGGUUUUGUUCUCUGAAAAUUGUUGUAAGUUAUGCUCCAGUUUAGUCAUAAGGUGAGUCAUGUACUGUACUCGUGACCAGUUUUUCGCUCAUUUUGAUUAAAAUGCUUUGUAACCUUUUGGAGGUUCCACAGUCUCCCUCCCCAGGCAGUGUAACCAGUUCCAUUAUGAAUGAUUAUCAGGCAAAUGGUCCCACCUAUGACAACGUAGGUUUCCAGCAUGAGGAAAGGAGACCCCCUCCUAGUGCCCCACAGCAGGGUAUAUACCCUUACCUCCCACAAGUGACCCCCAGCUACGUUGCUGUGUCUCCCAAAACCAUCAACACCCACCACACCGUGACACCUGGAACGUCGCAUGACACGGGACGAAAGACAGGAACAAAGAAAUGUCGGGUGAAAUAUAUCCUGUGUCCAUCCCUGUCUGUGCUUCUCAUCUUGGCAAUUGUCGGCGUCUUGCUCUGGUACUUCUUGUACUACCAGUGUUUAAUGGGGAAGUCGUGUGGAACUGGUAGGAAGUGUUUGAGCCCCUCCCAGUGGUGCGACGGUGUAAGGGACUGUCCUCACGGAGAGGAUGAAUCUCAGUGCUUUCGCCUCCACGGGACCCACUUCAUGCUGGAGGGUUACUCAUCAGACAGGCAGACGUGGAUGCCGGUGUGUGCUGAAAACUGGAACAACAACUACGGGAGGGCUGUGUGUGAGCAGAUGGGGUACAAGAGGCAGGAUUAUGUGUCCUCCACCAAAACCAGUGCAGGUUCUUUGGCCUCAAAGGGAUACAUGAGGAUGAAGCCUGGAAGUAACCAUGGAUCUAAUAUACAGUCCCAGCUCUCAUACAGCCUCCUUUGCUUCGACACAGCAGUCAAGCUUCAAUGUAUUGAAUGCGGAGUAAGUUCAGCGGCCCCCAGUGCUCGCAUUGUGGGUGGUACGCCGGCAGCCAAAGGGGCCUGGCCGUGGCAGGUCAGUCUCCAGAUCAACCGUCAACACAUUUGCGGAGGCUCCAUCAUCAGCCCUUAUUGGAUCCUCUCGGCUGCACACUGCUUCCAAACGUACUCUCAUCCCGGACUGUGGAGGGUUCAGUCAGGUGACGUGAGCUUGCGUCAGAUGAUCUUCAGCACUGGCAAAACAGUUAACAAAAUUAUCAGUCAUGAAAAGUUUGACACGGAAACUAACGACAAUGACAUUGCUCUCCUGAAGCUCGAUGUGCCUCUUGAAAUCACAAGAACGGUGAAGCCAGUGUGUCUCCCCAACACUGGCAUGGACCUCUCUGCUGGACGUCAAGCCUGGAUCACAGGAUGGGGAGCACUGCGCUCAUAUGGACCAACCCCGGACGAACUAAAUCAGGCCCAGGUGACCAUCUACAGCAGAGAGACCUGUACCACCGCUCAGGUGUUGAAUGGAAAAAUCACUGAGACCAUGAUCUGUGCCGGCAAGCUGCAGGGAGGAGUCGAUACAUGCCAGGGUGACAGUGGAGGGCCCCUGGUGGUCAAGGAGGGAGAUGUAUGGUGGCUGGCAGGGGACACUAGCUGGGGGAUCGGAUGUGCUUUGAGGAACAAGCCAGGAGUCUACGGCAAUGUCACCUACUUUAUCAACUGGAUAUAUGAACAAAUGCAGAAUGAUUGAGCGAGUUCUCAGUGAACCCGAAGAGGAACCUCUUUCAUUAAUCAGCGGUACUUCCUCUGUCACACACCUUGCACUUUAAAUCUGAAGCUACGAGGGAACUUAUUGAUCAGGAAGAUUUUCGUAAAACAAAACCAAAAGGCUGUACAAACAAAAUUGUAUCAUUUCAUUAUUUUUAUACACUUAUUAGUACAGAUUGAAUGUUUGUAUUUGAAUAAAAAUCAAGCUAUUUAUUUGUUGUAAUAAAAGUAAGUUUGCACAAAGGGCAGAGUUUCUAUGUGACAUAGUGUGACAAAUGUCCUGUAGACAGAGAUAGUUGAACACACUCAACACUACUACACACAUCCACAUCUCCCUCUGCAAGAUGGUUCAAAAAAUACUUCACCUUUGACAUGAAUAUUUGUAUUUCAUCGUGUGUUACCUUGAGCUCUUGAAGAAUUGUUUUCUCCCACGCCUCCACAGUGAACGGAGAAUCCAAAAACGGAGUAAUUCUUUGAUGAAUUGAAGUCAAUUUAACUAUAAAACUAUAAAAAAGUGCACAUGCGUUUUCACCAUUAUAGUCACGUACCCCAUUACCAUGCUAGAGAAAGUGUUUUAAAUAGUAAGAUUGUGGCAAGAUUGGUCGUCCGGCAACAGCAAGGUCGGCGGUUCGAUCCUUGGCUGCUACGAGUACCUGUGCCGAAGUGUCCCUGAGCAAGACACCGAACUCCAACCGCUGCUCAGCAGCCCACUGCUCCCAAUAAGCUAGGGAUGGGUUCAAUGCAGAGGUUUCAUUUCAUGUAUAUGUACAAUGUAUAAGAUGACAAUGAUAACAUUUCAUUUCAUGUUUUUUACUGUGCCGUCUGCAUGAAGAGGACUGCUGAGGAAGAACAAACUCUCACACUCAGUCUUUGAACAUAGUCAUGGCAGAUGUAAUUGACUUAUUGUCUGUGUCAUAUUUACAACUUACUGACAUGGGUGUGCCUUGUGCUUCACUACAACAAUACUCACAGAUACAGUAAGCCACUGUGUCAUUGACAAUAAACACUAAGGCAUGCAUGAGUCCGCACUA